AUGACUGACCCUAACACCAACAACAAUGAUAUAUCACAUGCUCACUCUAAAGAUGCUAAAGAUGGUGUACCUCAUGAAGUAACUGAUUUAUCCACAUAUACUCUUGAUAAUCAAAUAGCUUUAAUGAAGUCGAUCAAAAAUGCAUUAAAACAAGCUAAUCCUAUGCCUAUGGUAUCUUAUCUGUAUCCAGAUUCUAGAAAUUUUUCAUUUAUACAAAAUGAUAACUCUAGUACCAUGAAAUGUGGUGAUGGGAUAUUGAUUUAUGGAAAAAAUUGGACAUAUAAUUAUGAAAAUAACGACAACAAUAAUCCUAAUAAUAAUAGUGGUAAUAAUGCUGUUGAAAUAACCAUUGGUAGAAAUUGUGAUAAUACAAACCCUGAAACUAUAUCGUUACAUCAACUAAAUUUCAAAAUAAAGAGAUUACCAAUAGAUAUCGAUCUGGGUCCAAAUAAAACUGUAUCGCGUAGACACAUAAUAAUACAUAAGUUGAAAAAUUCACAGAAUGAUCAAUCUCAAAAUGGUUGGUACAUUACAGUGUUAGGUAGAAAUAGUUGUAAAAUAAACUUAAAACGUGUGCCAAAUAGUAAAUUGAACGUCCCCAUUGGUCCAUUAAAAUCAGGAACUUCAAUCGAUGUUGGUGGUUCACAGAUGAUUUUAUACAUAAAGAAUAAUCCGUUUCCUAUUUUAUCGUUACCUAUCUAUUCAUAUUUAAUUCCAAAAUUGACCACCCUGUAUGGAUUAAAUGGCAAUAAUAAUCCAUUAUUGAAAGAUAUAAUCAACACCUCUAUAUAUGUUAAAGACAAGAAUCUUCAAAUUAAUAAUGGUCAAAAGGAACAUCAAACUGAAAAUAAUAAGAAUGAAGGAGAAUCUAUGGACCUCAAUAAUACUAUUAAUAGUAAUAUCUCUCCAAAAAAACAACCGGGUGAUAAAAGUUGUAGUGUUACUAAUAUUUCCACUUCUCCUGACAGCAACAAUAAAAACAAUCAUAAGAAUGCCGUCGAAGUAAUAGAAAAUAAUCAGAGUUUAAAUAACAAUGAUAGUACAAACAAUAGUAGUAAUAACCUUAAAGCAGUUCAGUUUUACACUAAAAAAAAUACGGCAACCAAAACUACUACCACCAGCAAUACAAUAAAUUCUGCGGGUUCAACUGUUAAAAACAGUACUAAUCAGAUUACAAAUAACAAUUCCACCUUGAAUUCUAAUAAAAUAUUGAAACGUACACAUUCUGAUGAAAAUCAAGAUGAGCCUAAAAAAAAAAUAAACAAAACUAAAGAAGCUACCAAUAUUAUUUCCAAGACAAAUACCUCAACAGCUACUACAGCUGCUACUACUAAUGCUACUAACCCUUAUAAAGAUAUAAGGAUUAAAAGACCAAGUUGGCCAUACACAAUGUUGAUCACACGUGCCAUUUUGUCAAGCCCUGAAGGUUGUUUGCCAUUAUCAAAGAUCUAUGAAUAUAUAUCGAAUUUACAUCCUUUUUAUGAUAUGUCACUAACAAGUUGGCAAAAUUCCGUUAGACAUAAUCUUUCGAUUAAUUCAACUUUUGUUAAGACCAUGAAUUCUGGGCAUGUAUCAUGUUGGAAAUUAAAUGAUAAUGUUAUACAAGAUUUCUUAGAGAAUUGGUAUCAAGGUAAUUUGAUUAAAUUAAAGAAAACUGGUGGUAUAAUAGUUAGAGAAUUGUGUAUAUUUAUGGCUAGAGGUGAUGCCAGAUUUCCUGGACAAAGAGAACCGGAAUAUUAUCAAGAAUGUUAUAGGAAAAGAUUAGAAGCAGAGAAAAUGGAAUCAAAACAGAAAGAAGAAACAAAAUCACAAAAGAAGAAGCUUUGA